GAAAGUAGUCAGGCCACGCUACAGAAAAAUAUUAAGGUAUUAAUUCAAACCAGGAAAAUUGUAGUGGAUAAUUUGGAUAAAGCAUAUAGGGAUGCUAGCCGUUAUUAUAAUCUUCGGAGGCGAGAUGUUAAGUUAUCCCCAGGUCAGUUGAUAUAUAAGAGAGAACAUUAUUUAUCUUCGGGAGUUGACCAGUUCGCCGCGAAACUCGCUCCAAAGUUCUCAGGCCCCUGGGAGGUGGUUGAGAUAUUGAGUCCUACAGUAGUGAAGGUUAAAGUAGCAGAGAAUAAAUCUGUGACUGUUCAUGUGAAAGACAUUAAGUUGUUACCCCCAUGUGUAGAGGAGGAGGAGGGGGAAUCUAGCUCUGAAGAACAGGCGAACGCAAAUUGCGUUGGUGGAGUGAAGUGCGGGUUGCCUAUACUAGCCUUAGACGGCGCAAGGUGCGGGGGCAGCACUUCAUUCAACUAGUUAUUACGUUUCCCGUUAGAUGCCGCGACAGGGUUGAUUCACUGGUUUCUUGCUCCUUCUCUCGUCGCAUCGCAUAAGACGUUCGAACCUUUUCUUUCAGGAUAUUUUUGUUAUCUGUUUAUUGUAGGGUUGCUUUUAUCGCGUUCCCGAUAAUGAUAAUCUUGUCUUUCUACACUGUCGUUACCUGAAUAUUUUUGUAUAAGCCCAUCUAGUCGUCUUUCUAUUGCUUCAGUAGUGCUUCGACUCUCUUAGCAGUAUGGCGCCUCGUCUUGGUCUACUUGAUCGCUUUUUAUCCAUCGCUGAAGUGCGUUCACGUAAUGUGAAAAGUAGGGAGGAUGGUGUGUUGUUCCGUAGUUUGAAGGUGCGACAUUGGAACAUGUCAGUGAGAGAGCGCCGCGGCGCUUUGUGCCGUAUAUCUACUGAAGCGCAGUGGGCGAUUCCUAUUGAAAUCAUGGGUGGGGUGGUGGUCGCUCUUGUGAACCGGUCCGACUCAUCUGUAUUACUCUUCGACCCUUGUCGGAUAGCUGAUACGACGCUUAGGGCUCGUAUUUUGUGGCUUAUUCAUGAUCAUUCCAUGUUGAAAUCUUAAAACUCAUGUCCAUUUCUUUAGAGUAAGAUACCGUUGACGUCGACUCUCUAUUUCCAAAUUUAUUUUUUCCCGGAUAUGACGUACUAUUCCCCUGGACUUGACUUUCCUUUCUUUGUUGGUUGAACUUCAUGGGACAAUUCGGAUGUGGUGUGGUUAUACCCGGUAUUCCCGACGUCGCCUUGUACCUUCAACGCCAAUCCCCCCCCCCUCCUUAGUAGGAGUGGGGUGUCACAAAGUGAAUUUUUGUGACGGAUAGAGAGCCGUCGUCCAGCAUAAAAUUAGCGAAAUUAUUCUAUUUUAGAAUAGGAAUAG